AUGUCUGUUGAUAAAGCAAUCCUUGAAAACUCCAGUUCAUCCUUUCUUGGGCAGUUUCGCUUGAUAAACACGCUACAGGAUCAAGUAACCCCUAACAACAGUCUUGCGUGUCCAAGAAAAGGACUUGUCCUAAGGUCCAUCACCAGAGCCUACUACAGGAACUCGGUUGGCGGACUCCUCCUCUUUGACAUUACAAACCGCAGAUCCUUCCAGCCCCCCCAGCCAUACCAGAUCGUCUUUGUUUUGGUAGGGCACAAGUGUGACCUUGACACACAGCGGCAAGUCACCAGGCACGAGGCUGAGAAACUGGCUGCUGCGUAUGGUAUGAAGUACAUUGAGACCUCAGCUCGGGAUGCCAUUAACGUGGAGAAGGCCUUCACUGAUCUGACUCGAGAUAUAUACGAGCUUGUUAAAAGGGGGGAAAUUUCAAUCCAGGAGGGAUGGGAAGGGGUAAAGAGCGGGUUUGUCCCAAACGUAGUGCACUCUUCAGAAGAAGUGGUGAAAUCAGAUAGGCGAUGCUUGUGCUGAGCUCUUCUAGUGAGGCAAGUGGUGAUGAACUCUACUAACCAAACGUACUUUACUAAGUGAACUCAGUGUGACAGAAGGGAGAGCAACACUCCCGUUGUGAACAGCCUCCCACGUUGUUUUGGACACCAGAACAGACCCCAGAAAGAAAUGUUCUGUUCCAAAUAACCUUUCAGAACUGGGGGCUACAAACCUAACGGAGAGUGAGUGAGGGUGCAUGUAGAUGUUGUAAGAAGACAGGAAGCAGAAACGAGGGGCUGCACGAGACAGGGGAGAGUAUACCGAGAGCUGAACGGGCUGGCACAAGCCAAGGU